GUGAUGACCCACCAAAGAUCUCUCUUCACACACACACACACACACAUUCCAUGGAAACUCCUUUUCUUGUAGCUGUUCUCCUUCUGGCUCUCUCCUCUUCCUCUUUCACACGAGGGCAAAGAAUCAUACAGAUUCCACCACCCCGUCCGUUAUGCGCCUCUCAAUACGCCCUGGCUAACUACGCCUGCUCACGUCUCCCAAUGAACACUGUCCCACUUCCUUCCCCCAUUGCCCCACCUUCUCCUCCCAUCUUUCCUCCUCCUCCUCCUCCUCCUCACUAUGACCAUGACCAUGACCACGACGAUGACGAUGACCACGAGCAUGACCAUGGUGACCACCAUGAUGAUGAUCACGACCACGACGAGGAUGACCACGACGACCAUGACCACGACCAUGAUCACAAUGACCAUGACCACGACCGUGAUCAUGAUCACGAUGAUGACAACCACCACGACAACAACCAUAACCACCGUCGCCACCGCCGUCGCCACCACCACCACCAUCAUCAUCAUCAAAGACACAGAGAAGAGACGUUUGCUCAACAAGAGUGCUGCAAGUGGCUGAAGCAAAUGGACAACGAGUGCGUGUGCGACCUUCUGGUUAGGCUUCCGCCAUUGCUAGCAAAACCUGCGCAUAACUAUACAGUGUUUGUGGAUGAGUCGUGCAUCGUCACUUACACCUGUGGAGGCAGACUUAUGAGCUGAUCCUCUUUCCUUUCUAAACUACUUGUCCCAUAGCUUGUUCUUCUUCAAAGACCCUUUUGUUUAUCUGUCUUUUCUUAGCAGUUUAUUAUUUCACGCCCUUCAGUAUAAUUGUUGUACUUGUACGUUUUACACACCACCAGCAAAAAGUCAACCAAACCAAGCAAACAAAAAAUAGUAAGAUGGAUUAUAAUUUGCCUGAGCUUUGCUUCUUCCGUUGGAUAUGGGGCCUAGGUUCAUAGGGCAGUGACAUUAUUGUAAGCCAGCUAGUAGAUUGCAAUUUUCUAAAUUUGUUUCAGGCCCGUGGAUUGUAUUUACAUCUAUGAAUAAAUCUAAACUGAUUAAUUUGCUUUGAAAA